AUGGAGCCUCCCGACGUGAGUUGCGGUUUGGACGAGUGCUCUUAUGGCGACACAGCGCGAAGUCUUACGGUACGAGACAGAGUCCCCAACAGCGGCGCCGAGCUGUUUGCGCCGCAGCCAGGGAAGAGCUUCGGCGUGUUGACCGCAGUGGUGCAAUUAGCUUUCAUCGCAGCUUUCCACAAGUGCAAGCUGCAAGAAGAAGCCGAUGCUGCAUUGGGUACAGAUACAUCCCUCUACUUGGGCGUUGCCCUGAUGAUCUUCGUGGGCUUUGGCUACCUGAAAACCUUUCUCAAGGCGUACGGCCUCGGUGCCGUUGGCUUCACGCUGCUGAUCUCCUGCGUGGGGAUCCAGUGGGCGCUGAUCCUCGAGUCUUGCUUGCGACAGGCGGAUUUUACCAUUGAUUUGCCAGCGCUGCUGCGUGCCAACAUUGACGUCGUCCCUGUCUUGGUGUCCUUCGGAGCGCUGAUCGGCAGGGUUUCUCCGCUGCAGAUCAUUCUCUUGGUGAUGAUCGAGCUGCCAUGCUUCACCGUUCACAAGGUCUGCCUGCUGAGACAGGGUGACGCAAGGCCUCUCGUCCACGAUGGUGGUGGGACGUUCUUGCAUGUCUUUGGUGCUUACUUCGGCCUUGCCGCUGCUUCGAGCCUCGGACCGGCCGGAAAGGAGAAGCUGAGGAGCAGCUCGUACCAGUCGGAUAUCCUUGCCUUGAUCGGCACAGUCUUUCUUUGGAUGUCAUGGCCGAGCUUCGUCGCUGCUGGCCAAGCCACUAGAGCGGCGCAACUCCAGGCGCUCCUUAACACGGUGCUCGCGCUCCUCUCCUCCACUGUCAUGACCUUCGGCUUGUCGCAGCUUCAGGAUGGCCGGCUUGACCCGCAGACGGUACAGAAUGCUACUUUGGCAGGAGGCGUUGCUAUCGGCGCCACAGCGAGUGUGGUGGGACCGUUUGCUGCUGCCACCCUAGGCAUGAUUGCCGGUUCUUUGGCCACUGUGGGCUUUGCCCUGUCCCCGCUGUUUCGUGUCGUUGACACGUGCGGCGUGCAUAACCUGCACGGCAUGCCCGGCAUCUUGGGAGGCAUCUACUCAGCGCUCGUGCCAUGGUGGUAUCCUGAAAGCGGAUACGUAUCGUCACAUCAGUGGGUUGGCCUGCUUCUCACGCUGGCAAUGGCUGGCAUAAGUGGAUCCUUGUGCGGGUGUAUCUUGAAGGCUGUGGAACGCUUAGAAGGCAACGAAGCACUGAAGCGAGCGGCGGAGGAGUUGGACCUUCCAGCUUCCGAGCUGGUGCUCGAGCAGUUCAGUGAUGACUUGUACUGGUCUUGUGCCGAAGACGUUCCACGCAGCCUGCCGCUGAUCCAGCUUUGA